AGUAACCACAAUGCAUCGCAGCCUGAACGCAGAAUGUGAUUGGCUGAGUGGAAACGCGAUAUAGGAAGUAAUGCGUCGAAUUGAUUCGGCCGACUGAAAAUUGUCCUUAUGACAAGUUGCACUUGAGGUUCAUACAGCAGUGCUCCGCAUGGCUCCCAGAAGAGUUGUGGUCUUUCCCUCCUCCACAGAACUCGGUCCCGUCCUGGCCCGUCUGGUCACAUCUCGGGCCCAGGAAGCGAUCAGGUCUCAUGGCAGGUUCACCCUGGGUCUGUCUGGAGGAAGCCUGGUGUCCAUGCUCAGCAGGGAGCUGCUGGCUCUGCCGGGCUUAGACUGCAGCAAGUGGGUGGUUGGCUUCUGUGACGAGCGACUGGUUUCCUUUGAUGAUCCCGAAAGCACCUACGGGCUGUACAAGAGUCAGCUGUUUUCUAAAAUCAACAUCCCAGAGAGUGGGAUCUUAACCAUCGACACCUCCCUUCUAGUGAAUGAGUGUGCUGAGGAUUAUACUCGCAAGCUGAAGAAGGCCUUCCCAGAUGACCACUUCCCUGUGUUUGACAUGUUGCUGCUGGGUAUGGGGCCUGAUGGACACACCUGUUCCCUCUUCCCAGACCACCCUCUCUUGGAUGAGGAGAAGAAGAUUGUGGCUCCCAUCAGCGACUCUCCCAAACCACCACCACAACGUGUAACUAUGACUUUUCCCGUGGUGAACUCUGCACGCUGCGUGGCCUUUGUGUCAACAGGAGGAAGCAAAGCAGCCGUUUUAAAGGGUGUGCUGGAAGGCAGAGAGGGUCCCGCAUUCCCAGCGGCCCGUGUCGUCCCUACCCACGGCGAGCUGUUCUGGCUUAUUGAUGAACCUGCAGCUGCCUCCCUGACUAUCGACGUAGAGCGACUCGGAUCCGGGGCCAAACUGUAGAUGCUUUUAUAUGUCAGACUGUUUUGAAAACCUGAAAAGAACCAGAAAGGUGACGCACAUUCCCACUUUCAUAUGAAAUUGGUUUACAAAGGGGAAGUGAAGGACGAACUGCUGUUUGUAAAACAAUCAAUAAAGUUCUCAACACUUGCGUUGACUAAAAAUUAAGAA